AUGGAGGCCACCAAGACGCUCUUUGAGAAGAAGGGCAAAAAGCAGCCGGAGGACCCGCCCUCCAUGUUGGUGGUGGGCGUUUGGGACCGCGGUGGGCAUGGCUACACCGCCCCCACCAAGGUGUACUACAGCUGCGACAAGAGCACGCCGGGUGGCCCCGACCCCUUGGAGAAGGCUUGCGGUGUGCCAGGGCUGACGGACCAGGAGUACCGCGACGCCAUGCUGUUCCCACUGCCGGACCGAAAGGACAUCAUGCUGGCCAACAACGAUUGGGUGGCGCAGAGUGUGGAGACGAUGUUCGGGGACUGGGCGGAAGAGAGCUUGCUGCAGGCCGAGCGUGCCUUGCACAAGAUCGGCGUGCCGCGGCCCGCCUGGCUCGAUGAGGAGCGAUCUAAGGGCGAGUCGACCUUGGUGGUGUGA